AUGGAUAUGCCUUCCUUUAAAAAAAAUCUUAAUACAGAAUCUAUAUCGACAACUUCUGCAAUAGAUAACACUAAUCAUGUGGUUCUAACAAUUACUGAAAAUAAAAUCUCCAAAAAACAAAAAAGAGAUGACUCAGACGACGAAUAUUCUCGCCGCCAGCAUAAACAUCACAAGAAAUCAACUAAUUCCAAGCAGCGCUCUUCCGCUUUUAAAGAACAAGAUUCUAAUUCAGAUUCUUCUUUCACUUCUAAAAAACACAAAAAACAAGAAGAUUCAGAUUAUUCUCGGGCAAGUUUAUAUAUUAAGGAACCUGACUCUGAAAAUUUUAAAAUUCACUAUAAACAUACUAAUGAAUCGGUCAGUCAUGAAAAAACAGAGUCCCAAUCACUCUCAACAUCUAUCAAAAUAAUUAACAGCAAAG